UUGGAGCGUGGCAGAUUUUUCGAAAUCAAUGGUAGCAAUAUAACACUCGCUAUCAACUCCGUCAUUGGACUGAAGAAUGACAAGAAUUUGGUGGAACAAGUUUCAACUCUCGUAGCAACCACUCGAGAGCAUGCGAAGCACAUCGCACAAAUCAAGGUUGACUAUGACAUCCUGUGGAAAGCAAAUGAAAACCUGAGUAAUGACAUCAAGAACCUUCAGCACGAAAAUGAGAUCCUGAAGCAGAAGGACGAAAAGCUAGGCCAGAACUACGAGAAUCUAAUGUCGGAGAACAAGAGGCUGAGGCAUGACUACGAGAACUUGCAGGCACAGAACAUGAGGCUAAGCCAGAACUACGAGAACUUGAGGAAGAACACAGAACAUCUCAAGUCUUUCAACCAAGGAUAUUUGAAUGACAGAUAUGAUUCCUACAGGAAUCUGACAGACGGAAGACUUCAAUACCUAGAGACGAUAACUCUGCAAAUCACUCCGAGAACGUGCCAAACUCUGGCCGACAUGGGGGUGAAGCAGACAGGAACAUACUUCGUGGAUCCGGACGGGGUACUUCGUGGUGACCCACCAAUACAAGUGCUAUGUGACAUGGAGACAGCCCUGAGUUCUGGGGAUACACACAAUGCCUGGUGGAAGGACCGGCACGGCAACCCUCAAUAUUACUGGGACGGAUCGAACGCAGGUCGACACGUGUGUAACUGCGGCCUUUCCAAAAAGUGCAUUCACCGCAGCUCUUCAUGCAAUUGCGAUGCAGAAGCCCCCCAGUGGGAGUCAGACACGGGAACAAUCAGGAACAGAACAGCACUGCCUAUAACCGAGCUGCGAUUCGGGGGGCUACAAUUUGAUGGGCAGAAGGCUAGCCACAACCUCGGCGGAUUGGUUUGUCGAGGCAAGGCUCCAUCACCGGAUAAUCCUGCUGAAUCUUGUUCAUCGCUCCGUCAAGCUGGAAACGCUGAGACGGGUUAUCACCUCAUCACCAACAAAAAAGGGCGGCUGGAUGUGGUUCUGUGCAGAAUGGAUUUGGAAGAGACCGACCCGAAGUUUCAGAUGGGAACCAGUGCUCGUAUUGCAAGAGAAGUCGUUUAUUUCGAUGUAUAUGACGCAGCGGGCAAAGCGGGAGGAGUCAUACACUUCAGCGGGACAGAAGUGAACAUCGGCGGGGGGAUGAAUCCCAGCAGCGGAGUCUUCACCGCACCUCUGGAUGGCAUCUAUGUUUUUCAUUUUCAUACCUGGACGCACAGCACGGUCCUUAUGCUUUACUUCAGAAAAAAUGGAGACCAGAAAGCACAUAUCUACUCUCAUGACUAUUCCAACGGAGCGUAUGAUGUUCACGAACAGAUGCCUGGGCAAACCUUUAUGCUCCAUCUUCUCAAGGGCGACACUUUAGAUGUCUACUUGGAUAAUGGACUUCUCCGUGCGAAGACCCUGGACAACAAGGAAACACGACCUAGGAAUUAUUAUGACUAG